AAUUCGACGAUUGAAAUCUCAUUUAUUUCUAUCAUGUAGCAUUUGAAACGUUGAUUGUCAAAAUAAAAUUUGAACUGUUGAAUUAUCAAACGAAUGACUCAAAUGGUUCACCGAAAUGGUGCAUAGCACACACAGCAGCAUCCCCGGGUUGACCCACCCGUAGAUUGUUUCCAAAACUGUUAAUUUCCUUCACAGUUGGUUCGAUCCGCGUCCCCUCUUCUGGCCCUCGUUCCCUUUCUCUCUCUACUCGCCAUAAUUUUCCAUUUCAAUACAUACUGUGCAUAUUUAUGAGCGAAAAACCGAUCAGCAGUGAUUCGUGCCUUAACAUGACUCUCGAUUCUGUGAGAGAGAGUCUGAUUGGCCAAGAAGACACCAUCAUUUUCUGUCUGAUUGAGAGGGCAAAGUACCCAAUAAAUUCUCCGCUGUACGAUGAAUCCGUCCCCGGAGUUCUGGGUUCUCUGGUGGAGUACAUUGUCAAAGAGACAGAAGCUCUUCACGCCAAGGUUGGUAGAUAUGAAAGCCCAGAAGAAAACCCUUUCUUCCCAGAAAAUUUACCACCUUUGAUUGUGCCAGCUCAUAAUAUUCCCCAAGUUUUGCAUCCUUCAGGGAUUCCCAUUAACAUAAAUAAGACCAUAUGGGAUAUGUACUUCAACCAACUGCUUCCGUUAUUUGUUCAGGAGGGCAAUGAUGGAAACUAUGUACCUACUGCAACUUGUGAUCUCCAUUGUUUACAGGCCCUCUCUAGAAGGAUUCACUAUGGAAAAUUUGUAGCUGAAAUUAAAUUCAUGGAUGCUCCGGAAGACUAUAGUCCUGCAAUUCGGGCUCAGGAUAGGGCUACUCUAAUGUCACUAUUAACAUUCAAGAACGUAGAAGAAAUGGUGAAGCAGAGGGUUGAGAAGAAAGCCAUGGUCUUCGGGCAAGAAGUGAGCCUCAAUGAUCCUGACGAUAAGAAGGGAAAAUACAAGGUUGAUCCAUCCAUGGUAUCGCGCCUCUAUGGAGAAUGGGUGAUGCCUCUCACCAAGCUUGUGCAAGUUGAGUACCUUCUCCGCCGACUCGAUUGAAACCUUCAGGUUUUUCUCUGUGAUAAUUGACGUAGUAAUUAAUAUUCUUCUAGGAGUCAUUCAUACAUUGUAACCUUUCAUAGAUCUUCGAAUUCUUGAUUCUUGAGAAUAGAAGUGUGCUUUCUUUUUAA